CGCAUCGCCCGGUGGCUCAAACCAUAACAAUGAUUAGACUGCCUAUGCGACUGCGUUUAGCUGUCGGCUUAAAUCACAGUGGACAUUCACUUAGCAGCGGAAGGAUGCCAAAACUUGUUUUCGAAGGCCUAUUCUAGCUAAAUAGCUGAUCCGAAGUCUUUAACAACUAUCAACAAGGCGCUGUGCUUGCAUUGCGGUCCUUCACUCACCACUUUUUCUCUGUCUUUUAGCCUGUCCUGCAACCUAACGUCCUAUUGCAUUCGGCAAUGCAUUGAUAGUGAUGCUAUUGUUACUAAACGCCGCAUAUUUUGUGCAACGUUCUCAAGACCCAGCUGGUGUUAGACGUCAGCCAGGACGUCCGGAGUAAAAACUUCUGCCGUGUCCCGUUUUUUCACCGACCCCGGUCAUCUGACAAAAUCGACACUCCUUCCGGGCACUGGAGAAAUUACGGAGAAAUAUCGUCCUUUUAGGUGUUAAUGCCGACGCAUAUGAAGAGAUUUACUUAACAAAAUAGAAAUGCCGUCCAAUAUCCGCUUUGCAGUUGUAUGUUCUAGUAAUCAGAACCGCAGCAUGGAAACUCAUCUUUUUCUCAGUAAACGCGGCUUCAAGGUGCGGUCAUUUGGGACGGGCGAUAAGGUAAAGCUCCCAGGAAAUGCUCCCGACAAACCGAAUGUGUACGAUUUUGGAACGCCUUACGAGACAAUGUACCAGGACCUCAUGCGGAAAGACAAAAAUCUGUACACCAAUAAUGGUAUUCUGAACAUGCUAGACCGAAAUAAGCGAAUUAAGCGGGCUCCUGAGAAGUUCCAGCUCAGCAGCGAGAUUUUUGAUGUAAUCUUCACGGUCGAGGAACGAGUCUACGAUCAGGUCGUCGAGGAAUUCUCGCGUCGAACAAUCGAGCAUAAUUCUCCUGUUCAUGUAAUUAAUAUAGAUGUGCUCGACAAUCAUGAAGAAGCAACUCUUGGAGCGUUCAUGUUCUGUGAUCUUGCACAACAGAUGGCUGAAUCUGAUGACUUAGAUAACGACAUCGAUGAGCUGCUGCAAGAAUUCGAAUCCAAAAAAAGUCGAACUAUCCUGCAUAGUAUACAGUUCUACUAAGGAAGGCACGGCGCGCUAGCAAUUUUCAAAACAAUAUAGACAAAUGACAUCCGAAUAUAAUUGCCAAUGUUUCUAAGGGUCCGGAAAAUAUGGCGACCAGGUUAGAAAUCCUCAGUAAGUUUCUAAAGACGAGAGAGUUGUAUCAUGAACUGACGCACACACAAAGAUAUUACCGGCCUUUACAUAUUUCAAUAAAUUGUGCUGCUACAAUUACAAAGGUCACAAAGCUGUGGCGACAAUAUAUAUAUAUAUAUAUGGAUAAGCUAGCUGGCCACCAAUGAGAGAUCGUUACUACCGCUGUUGAAUGGAUAUAAAGAAUUUCAGCUUCUUUCUGAUACCAUCUUUCAGUUCUUUAUAAUACCAUGUGUACGAGUAAAAUGAUAUUCAUUGAUUAACAGAAUAAUUUGCAUUUCACUUAGGAGAUAUAAAGACAAACAUCCUAGUAUACAUAGUGUAUACGCACGCGGGUGGCCUCUUUCAUACUGUUUCUAUGAAGUGGUGAUGUUCACUGCUGGGUUACUCGGAAUAUUUCCGUAUUAAAGAGCGCAUGUUCACUCUGAAAAAUAACGUGGAAUAAAUAAAAACAUUUCGUGUUUCUUAUCAUAUGCUUUAAAUGAAACAAACAUUUCUCUAGAAGACGAAGCCAAUGUGACAUGACCAAUAGAGUUAUAGGUGAAGACAAAUGAAUUUAGGUAUGAAACCGAAAUGUCCAACGUAAAACUAAAUCUUCCGUCAGUUUUGCUAUGUAUGCCUUUGGCAAUCAGAGCAGUGUAAAGUUAUAAUCCAAUGACAAAAUGCAGGACUAGUAGUGGCUUGACUACAACGAUAUAACGGAAGAUGGAUGAAAUAAUGGAGCCAAUUGUACCUUAAUAUUGAAUAUAGGUCGACUUUCGAGCACCUCUGCCAUGUGUUGGGAAGCUGAGUUGAAAGCUAAAAGAUAAUUUUCAAUGAUAUUUAUGUAAGUAUAAAAAUAAAUUCCAUUAACUCAA